CCGCCGGCCCGCCUUUGGCGCUGUGGUCCCCGGGACCUGGGCGGCCCCGUCGUCGCCGCCCGCCCGCCGGCUGGUCAGCGCGCCGGGCCUGGUUUCCGCUGCCUCCCCGGACCACUUAGUCUCAACCCGGGUGUGGUUUCCACUACUGAAGGUGAAGCAUAACAGGGAGAGUGGAACCUGGGGUGCUGGACCAGGGCUCAUUUAUUUCCACUCCCUAUUGUCUCUCCACGAAUGAAACAUGACUGAGGACUCCCAGAGAAACUUUCGCUCAGUAUAUUAUGAAAAAGUGGGGUUCCGUGGAGUUGAAGAAAAGAAAUCAUUAGAAAUUCUCCUAAAAGAUGACCGGCUGGGUGAGUUUUAUGUCGAGAAACUUUGCACUUUUAGUCAGAGGUUCCCGCUCCCAUCCAUGUACCGUGCGUUGGUCUGGAAGGUGCUUUUAGGAAUCUUGCCUCCACACCACGAGUCCCAUGCCCAGGUGAUGACGUAUCGCAAGGAGCAGUACUCUGAUGUCCUUCACGCCCUGGAAGUCAUUCGCUUUAUCAGUGAUGCCACACCGCAGGUUGAAGUCUAUCUCCACAUGCAUCGGCUGGAGUCUGGGAAGUUGCCUCGAAGUCCCUCCUUUCCACUGGAGCCAGAAGAUGAAGUAUUUCUCGCCAUUGCUAAAGCCAUGGAAGAGAUGGUGGAAGACAGCGUGGACUGUUACUGGGUCACCCGAUGCUUUGUGAACCAGUUGAAUAACAAGUACCGGGAUUCUCUGCCCCAGCUGCCAAAGGCUUUUGAACAAUAUUUGAAUCUGGAAGAUAGCAGACUGCUCAGUCAUCUGAAGACGUGUUCUGCGGUGUCCAGACUUCCUUAUGAUCUCUGGUUCAAGAGGUGCUUCGCCGGGUGCUUGCCCGAGUCCAGUUUACAGAGGGUUUGGGAUAAAGUUGUAAGUGGAUCCUGUAAGAUACUAGUGUUUGUAGCUGUGGAAAUUUUGUUAACCUUUAAGAUAAAAGUAAUGGCACUGAACAGUGCGGAGAAGAUAACGAAGUUUCUGGAAAACAUUCCCCAGGACAGCUCGGACGCGAUCGUGAGCAAGGCCAUCGACCUCUGGCACAAACACUGCGGGACCCCGGUCCAUUCGGCCUGAACAUUCCUGAUGUUGUAGACAGUCCGCCCGGCCUCCCCGGGGCAUUUUGUUCUUGAGUUGUAAUCUGCUGAAUUGACAAUAGGGUUCUUGCUUUGGUGCUCACAGUGUAAUUGUUUUUCCAGUAAAACUAUUUAAGGUACCUGGGGUUGCUGUGUUGUGGGAUGGCAUCUCUUGGUUACACAGAGGUACACAGUUCAGCGCUGAAUAGCAUUUUAAAAGGGUUGUUUGAAAAUAGUUCCCAGCCUUUAAAGCUGUUCAGUCAGGGUGUGGGGGAUGACGCUUCAGUCUGUAGCGUGUACCAAGCCUGCCCUGCUUCUCUCAUUAGCGCCAAGCUCGUUACUUUCUCGGGUCUGUUUCCGGAAUGAAAAACAGCUUCCUUUUGUUGGCAUCUCAGAUUCGGACUUGGCUGGUGCAGUACCUGUUGAACCCUAAGCUGACUUCCCAAAUCUCAGUCUUUGGAAAGCUAAAUCUGGUUCCUGGACUUCGUCUUGUUAAAUAGGCUGAAAUAAAGGCCUUACCUUUUUU